AUACAUAUAUACAUAUAUAUAUAUAUAUAUAUAUAUGCAUGUAUAUAUAUAUAUGUAUACAUACAUAUUGUGUGUGUACAUAACACGCGGGUCGAGUUCGAAAAAGAUUCCUGCGAUGUUCCCGGCGAUCCUACGCGAAUGAUCUCGCGCCUCGGAUAUCGCGGGAACACACUCGGGGAAUAACGACGACGAUGGACGUACCAUGCUUUGAGGUAUUUCCAGGUAGCUCCUCACGAUAACGCGACGUAACAAAAGAUUUAGCCCUCUCGGCGAUUGCCGGUCUUUCUCUCCCAGUGGAAUCUGUUCAACGUCGAGACGACUCGUGUGGAGUUGUCGGUUCGAAAAUGUCCGUGACCUUCGCGCAACGCGGCAGGCCACCUCCAAAUCCUGCCCAAAUACAGAAGAUGCUCGACGAGAAUAGCCAGCUUAUACAGAUGAUUCAGGAGUUUCAAAACAAGGGCAAGGCGCAGGAAUGCAUACAGUAUCAACAGUUGCUACAUCGCAACUUGGUGUAUUUAGCAUCUAUCGCUGAUGUAAACCAGAAUCUUCAGACUUUAUUACCUCUACCUCAAGGUAUUCCCAAUGGUCCUCAGCAUGGUAUGAUGAAUCCACAAGGGCUUCCAAGUGGUCCGGGUGGUGCAACCGGUCCUGGAGGAGAAAUGCCGCCAAAUACACAGCCAACAAUGCCAAUGUCGACGUUUAAUCAAGGCCAACCAAUGGCACAAGGUUAUCGUGGACCUGUGAUGCCUGGCCAAGGACCUGCUUUAAAUAGGCCUCCGACCGCACCAGGUCCGCAGCAGUACAGAGGUCCACAAGGCUAUCCUCAGCAACCUUCUCAGCAAGGUUAUCCUGCUCAAUAUACUGGUCAGAAUCCUGGCUCAAACUACCAAGGUCCACAAGGAUCUGCAUAUACUCCUGGUCAACCAAAUCAGUACGGACCGCCAAAUGCUUCUCAACAACAAGGAUAUAGUGCAGCGACGCAGCCAAAUUAUGGUCCUCCAACUACAGUAAACAGUUAUGGUCCACAACCAGGUGGUUAUCCGCCACCGGGCACGGCUCAGCCACCUGCCGGGUAUGGGCCACCACCACCAAAUCAACAAGGUUAUCCGCCUUCAAACGCCUCGCAGCAAAAUUUCUCAUCAGGUAGUCAACAACAACAACCAGGACAAUAUGGCAGUCCUAGUCCUCAACCAAAUUAUCAACAGCCUCCGUCCCAAGCGCCACCUCAAAACGCAUACGCCGCUGGACAGCCCGGAAGUUAUCCUCCUCCUUCCUCACAGACGUACGCAAACAAUGUCCCACCGCAAAAUUAUCCACCACCUCCGACAACUAGCGCGACUCAACCUCCGCAACCUGGCUCGCAGCAAAACACGGGUCCGCAGCCCAAUUAUGUUAGCCAACCGAGUCCAGGUCCUGGCGCGACGCAGUACGGUUCCGCCUCUACAUCUCCACCAUUUAGCACUUCCUCCGCGAGCGGCGGCAAUACUUACGCCCAAAGCAGUCAACCCACAAGCACGCCGUCUGCCUCAACGCAGACGUAUCCGCCAAAUAGCGGUCCGCCACCGACAUCGCAAGGCGGAAGCUAUGCACCCCCGGUGCCGCCGGCUCCCUCUGGAUAUCCCGUUCAUCAAACACCACAUCAGACAUCGCAUCCCUCGCACCCACCACCACCACAUCAGUCACCGCAUCAACCACCGCACACUCCGCACCAGCCACCUCAUCAACCAACUCAUCAGUCAUCCCAUCAACCACCUUCACAUCAAUCACCACACCAGCCACCGCAACAAUCUCAGCAACAGUCGCAAACAGCUCCGCAGACGCAACAGCAACCGUCUCAGAGCCCAGCUCCGAGUGGAUUUCAGCCGCCGUCUGGUCCACCACAGGGUCCCGCCCCACCGCCAGGCCCUCAACAACCUGCUUAUGGGCCCACUACUACACAAACAUAUGUUCCACCGACUCCAGGAGGGCAACCACAGAUUUACAGUCCUCAUCCACCACAAGGGGGACAACAUUAUGGGCAUCCUCAGUAUCCUCCUCAAAGUUACCCUCCUCCACCUGCAGGGCAAGGAUAUCCACAGUAUCCACCACGACCACCUGGUGGACAUAUGCCUCCUCCGCCUGGACCACAAGGACCACCUCCACCUAAUCAAUAUGGAGGUUAUGGAUAUCAGCCACCCACACAAUAAAAAAUACAUCAUAACUCCCAAAUUUACAUAAAGUUUAAAUUGGUACGGAUAAAUACCGAGAAUUUUUUGUUUACUUUUUUGGUUACUUUAUUAUAUGAGUACAUUAAAAAUAAUGAGUACUUUCGUAAUGUAAAUUUAUAAUUUAUCUAGAUAUUGUGAAUAUUCACAUUAAUAUCCAUAUUAUAUAGUAUUCGCAAUACUUAUCUAGAUAUUGUGAAUAACCAUAUCAAUAUGAAUAUUUUAAUAUAAAGGGUCCUCGAUACAAAGAAUGAGAUUAGAUUUUAAAAAAUUAAAAAACUUAAUUUAAUUUAAUGCGUUAAGAUUGGUAAUAAGAAAAAAUUUAGGACAAAAUUAUAUAUAAAUUAUACGAGAUGUUCUAAAAAACUUCCAGUUAAGAUUUAAAUUAUUUACAAUAUUUUUGCCAAUCCUCAGUAUUUAUACAUUAUAUAUUUUUUAAUGUGGUGAUAUAAAUAAUUUAUAUAUAAUUUUGUUUUGCAUUACAUUCGUAUGUACUAUAUCAGAGUAGCAAAUCUUUAUUAUUAUUAUUAUUAUUAUUAUUAUUAUUAGCUGUAGAUCUCGGUCAAAUAAAUAUGCCAAAAUAUUCCAAAUGGCUUUUAACUCUUGUGGCGAAAAUUUCGAAAAUACGAAAAGGAUAAACUAUAGCAUAUACAAACGCUAUUAACAAAUUUUUCUUUGUAUAAUUUGUUUUACAUUAGUUUUACAAAUUAAUAAUAUAGAUAUAUUUGUCGCAGAUUUAUUUUGAUCUUUUCAUCAUUUUUUAAAUAUUUACUUACUAUUUUGUGUACAUUAAAGAUGAUAAAUCUCAAAUUCUAUUUUUAUUACAAAUGUAUACGUAAUUUUUAUUACUAUGACUAAAGCAUAAACAAAUUGAAAGUCAAAGAAUUAUGUAACACUAUGGAAUGGUACAAAUACCAUAUAUAAGAAUAUAUAUACAUGUUUGUUCCAAUUUAUUUAUACUGCUCUCAAUUGAUAUAAAAACAUAUUUAAUUUCAUAACUGAUAUGUGAAUAUGAAUAUAAAUUUUCUAUAUUAAAUAUUAUUUGCAGUAGAAUUCGCGAUACAAUUGAAGAGACUAUCAUAAAUCUCGCCACGCCUUGUAUUUACUCCAUAAAUAUUUUUCGAAGAUGUUGAUAAUUGUACAAAUGAUGUAUUCAAGUUCUCGCGACAUGAUUUUUAGAUUAAUAAAAAAAAAAUAUAUUGAAUGAUAUAUAUAAAAAUAGCUAAUAGGUUGUAAAAGGAUUGUAAAAGAGAAGAUUUAUUAUAAAUAUUAGACAACUAUCUGUUUUUCAAGUUCGAGCUCAUAUUUUUUUUAUUUUUGACAUUAGGUAUAAAACCGUAGUAAACAGAUGUGCAUUUUCGUACACGCACGAUAGACAACCAUUGUAUGUCAAUGUGGAUCUGUUAAAUCUUUAUUAUAUAAAAAUAAAUCAUAGAAAAAUUAAAAACUA